UAGACUUAUGCUGAAAUAGAAGGUUCGUGCUUCCGAGGCAUUGAUGGGGUUGUUAGAUCUGAUUAAGACCGCAAAUUAGGGAAAUGCUUCUUGGAUUGUUAGAUCUGAUUAAGAUCACGAUAUUAGGAAAAUGCGUCUUGGCUGCAAUCAAAAGAAAUAAAAAUAAUACAGAGUGGAUAAUUAUGCAUCCAACGCCAAAAAUGAAGUAUUACUUAUGGAUGGUGUAGGUCAGCUUCUUCUCACAUUGAGGCACAAGAAAUGGAGUGUUGGGAAAAGAUGGGAAGCAUUUAAAGGAGAUCCCAUGGAGUCUGAGAAGCCCACAUUUAGCCUUAUAAAGUCGCUGGGAUUCUCAAACAAGAUUACUGCCAAUAUAUUUGCGAAUGGAAGUAGAAAAACUAAGCUUGGCGAUUACCAGAUCAAAGGGUUGCGCAGAGCAUCCUGCACAAUAUUCAACGACUCAGGAGAGAUCAUUGCACAGGUUAAACGAAAGGAGGCCAAAUCAGAUCUAAUGCUGGGGAACGAUAUUCUGAAUCUGGUUGUGGAAGCGGGAGUAGAUCAAGCCUUUGUAAUGGGGCUGCUUAUUAUCUUUAAUCAGAUUAGUCGACUAAUAAGAAUUUAUAGGAGAGAAUGA